AUGCGAAAAGUUCUUGUUAUUGAUGGGACAUUUUUGAAGAGCAAAUACAAAGGAGUAUUACUUGUUGCGACGACUUUAGAUGGAAACUCCAACUUGUAUCCUAUUGCAUUUGCGGUUGUGGACUCGGAAAAUGAUCGUUCAUGGGAUUGGUUUUUCAGACAACUAAAGGUUGUUGUUCCGGACGAGCGUGCUCUUGCCUUUGUGUCGGACAGAAAUAACUCACUUUCUUCUAAAGCUUAUAGAGUUGUUGAUUUUCAGAAGCGAUUCAAAGCUGUGUGCAAUAUUAGUCCAGCUAUUGGAAAAUAUUUAAGAGAUGCAGAUGUUACAAAGUGGGCUCGCUGUCAGUUUCAAGGAUACAGGUACGACAUCAGGACGACAAACCCGGCUGAGUCAAUAAACUCUGCUUUGCGCUCACCAAGAGAGUAUCCAGUCAUUCCUUUGUUGGAUAGCAUCAAAGAAAUGCUUACCCGUUGGUUCUUCGAACGACGCACACGAAGCAGGAAGCACACAAAACCAUUAACUAUUGCCAUCGAGAAAAAGAUAGAUAGACGGAUUAACAAGGGUAAAAUGUUUCUUGUCCAGCCAGUUAACGUGCAUCAUUUUUUGGUUCGCGGAGAUACAAUCGACUGCCUGGUUGAUUUGGACAGAAGAACAUGCUCUUGUGGGAAAUACGACCUACUGAAAAUCCCAUGUAGACACGCAAUCAAGGCUGGUUUAACAGUUGGCCGAGCCCCAUCCUCACUAACGGAUUUCAUGUUCACGACUUCCAAUUGGAGAACAGCUUAUGAAGAAACUAUCAAUCCAAUAGGUGUUCCUGAGGAUAGUUGGGUCGUUCCAGAUACUGUUCGGAAUGCCAGUGUGCUAGCUCCUGAAUCAAGAAGAGGAGCAGGAAGGAGAAGAAAACGCAUGUAUGAGACUGUUGAAGACAAGCUCCGUUCAUCGCAAGGAGCUCAAGAAAAAAAGAGGCACAGGUGCAGUCGAUGUGGCGAAGAGAAUCAUAACAGGGCUACGUGUGACAGAGCUAUUUAG